UCUGCCAUGAAGUAGGGUUACUGAUAGUUAAAAUGUGAACCAUAGUGUGCUUAGUACUCUGAGGGAGCUAGGCAAAUUGUAUGUUUUUUUUAGUGUAUUGCAAAUGGAGAAAACCUUUUCUCCUGUGGGAUUUUUUUGUGACAAUCCUCUCAACCGUGCAAUUGGCAGUAGGGAUUUUGUGUAGUGCACUCAUCUCCCCUUGGUGAUGAGGUAACCUGUGCUGGAGUGAACAUGACAUGAGCUCCUUUACUCCAGACAGUGCCCCCUGCUAGCUAAUCAGAAGGAUGCUGCCCCUCUUAGCAUGAAACAGGAUGAGGUGACCUAUGCAGAGGUGAAGACGGCAAGAGCUCCAUCAGCCCAGACAGCACCUCCUCCUGGAGCACCAGGGAAACAGGAUGAGGUGACCUAUGAGAAUGUGGGGACAGCUGGAUCUGCCCCAGCACAGACAGCACUAUCUCCUGAACAACCAGCUACCCCAGCAGAACUAUCCAGGCUUGAGCCAGUCACAUGCCAAGGGCAUUGCAUCUUGGUGAAAGCUCCAUCCAUCCCUCUUCCUUACAGACUGGCUGCAGUUUGUCUGGGGCUCCUGUGUGCUGUCUUACUGAUUGCUAUCAUAGUUCUGAUAUUCUUCUAUAAUGGCAAUUCUCAGAAUAUCUCCAAGUUGGUGAAGGAACUGGAUCACCUGAGAGUGAACUACAGCAACCUAACUGCAGCCCAUAACGGAUUAGAGGUGGACUUUAGAAACCUUACUGCAACCCAUAACAAGUUACAGGAGGACUUCAGGAACCUGACUGUAAGCUACAGCAACCUGACUGGAAUCAACGACAAGCUGCAGAACAAAACGGAAAUCCUCCAGUCUCUGAUUAGUAAGCUGAAAAAGCAUUUUUCUGUGGAUCAGUACUGCCCUGUCACAGACCAAAACACACUGGAAAAAGACUGUAGACCUUGUCCUUGGGGCUGGGAGCUCUUCAGCACCAAGUGUUACUACUUCUCUACUGAUGCACUGAGCUGGAAUUACAGUCGCACUGCCUGCAGGAAGCUGGGAGCUGAUCUGGUGGUUAUAAACAAUAGAACUGAACAGGAGUUCAUCCAGAAGCAGAUUAAAGGAGGGGAAUACUGGAUGGGACUGAGUGAUGCAGCUGCAGAGGGGACCUGGAUCUGGGUGGACGGCACUCAACCCAUUGAAUGGUACUGGAUGAAAAAUCAGCCUGACGAUUACGAAAAUGAGGACUGUCUGGCUACUGCUACUCCUACUGCUGAUCAGAUUACUUCUUUGAACAACUGGAAUGAUAACAAAUGUGAAUUACCACUGCUCAGGAUCUGUGAAGGCAGCUCCCUGCCCCUGUCUCCUUAGACUCUCCACUGUGUGCAGCCACUGCAGGAUCCUAAGGUGUCGACUACAGCUGAGUGACCUGUCUGUGUCACUGACACACCUGCCCUGACACUCACUCUCAUGGAGGCAAAAAGAGGUUUAAAUCAUGAAUCUCUUCUUCCAAUGACAUUCUGCGUUUUACACAUGAGGGAUCAACUUCCUGGAGAAAUAUGAUCACCACUAUUAUUAAAUACUUUUUUAACAUUUUGUAUAUAUAUAUUCAUAUUUUUCCCUUGCUAUACUGUAUAUCAUUUAUUUGACAAAAUUCUUCAAUAGUAGAAGAAACGCAAAUAUCUGGGCUGGGCUGGAUGAAUCCGCAAGGAGCCAGAGGUGUAUCAUCAUUAAUGUUAGUAUGUUUGAUGCUUAUGUACUAUUUUCUAAUUUAUAAUAAUGUUUCCUAUCUUUAAUGCUAGUAUGUUAGACAAUUAUGUCUGCUAUUAAACCUUCCUAUAUCUGCAAUAUAGAAUGCUGUUAACUGAUGCCUGUAGGCCUAAUUGAUAAUUGAUCGAAGGGGUUGUAACAUAUUGUAAUUCAGUAGAAGAGUUAUUUUUAUUUAAAGGGUUUCCAUACUUUACCUUUAUUUAUCGUUUCCUUUUUUUCUUUUAUACAUUACAGUCAGUCUGAAUUAAGGACGUUUAUCUUAAAUCUCUACUUAUCUUGAAUCAUUUUUAAUGAAGUCUGCACUGUCAUUUGCAAUGAAUUUGUUAUACCGUCUGGACAAAGGGGGUGGUGUGUGUGGGGGUGGUUAUUACAUAGAGCAGGACAUCUAAUGUUUUAAUAUAAACUUGUAAAUUGAGCACAAUUUCCCCAAUGAGACUUUAUUCCCAUUAAAGAAAUUGAACAGACUGCAAAAGGUUUGAAAUAUGCAUGCUUCCAUCAUUCAAUAUAAUUUAAACAACAUUGUGCCAGGCCGGCGGAAGUGACCCAUCUGUUUCAGCUGUCACGAGAGAGAGAUUGGGCCUGCAUCUCCUAUGGACACUGUACUCUAACAUGUUUUUAAUUUGUUAAUUAGGUAAGUGGAGAAGAGUGAGAUUCACAUUCUCACCUGGGCUUCAUUUUGCCUAGGUCCGGUAUAUGAAGGGAUUCCUGAGGAAGGUUGGUGUUGGGUUGUUUGUGAUAGUUUUUUUUUUAUACUGUGGAACUUUACUAAAAUGGUUUUUCAUUGCAGUUUGCCCGUGAGCUACUGGGGAGAGGUAGGCCUGCCCCACACAUCUAAAAUUAAAUGUUUUGGGAAAACCAUUUGAGUUUAAUUAAAAAUGUGUGUGUAUGUAUAUGUACAAUACAUUUUGCCAGUUUGUUCUUGUCUAAUCGUUUCUAUGCUAAUUUAUGCUACAUUUAAUAUUGGUAAACAUAGUUCAUCCUGCAUUCCUGUUUGUUUGGCUAACUCAAGGAGCCUAUUUAUAUGUGCCCAGCAAGGAGAGCAAAUGGAUCCGUUUCCUUUGGGAUCAGCUGUGCUUGUUUCACAUCAAACAUAGGUAGUGAUGUCGGAUGUCUGUCAUGUUAGCUUUGCCGUUUCUACUACACAGAAAACAAGAAAUCAAAACCAAAAUUGUCUGGGACUGUGUGAUUGUCAAAAACAAUCUGCAAUAGGUCUCUGAUUAUAUUGUUGUAAUACUAAAAAAUACUGCAAUUUAUAUACAACAGCUGUAGUUUUACUUUAGUAAAUGCCAAUAUUGGUGGUGGAGGGGAGUCCCCAUUACCUGUAUAAGUGUA